CCGUUGUGGAUCAAGGAAGCAGUGAGAAACAACGGCGGAAGUGGGGAUCGUGCGCCAUUUUCUAUUUUUGUAUAGCAGUGAACUAGUGUUGUGUGUGUAUAUUUUGUGUGAUAAAUCGAUGGAUUAUUAAAUAAUUGACGGAGGACGUGUCGAUGUAAUGAAAUGAUAUUCGGUAACACGUGCUUCGAAUCUCAUGCGAAUAAUUAUUAUUUUGCGUUUGUCUUCUAUAUAACCCGUGCGUAAACCCGUAGCUCCUGUAUCACGUAAACACUUUUUCUUCAUUUCUCUUUUGAGCUAAGUGAGAGUGGCUUUCGAGAGCUAUCGGUUCAUUAGAACUAUUACCUGGCGGAUCGACGUUGAAAUUAUAUCGUUUUGCCCUCCUCGAUUGCGGGGUCCUUUACUCGCUUUUAAAGAUAAAACUUCAAGAUAUAGAGAAGGGAAAACCGUCUGUGAUACUAAACAGUACUAAGGUAUAUAGCUAGAAUAUAAACUCUACAAUUAGAUAUAUACGUAUAUAUGGCAUAUGAGACGUAGAUAGAUCUCACAUAAAAGAUCUAGAAAAAAUAAAGUCUGUAUAGUGUGUGCUGUGAAUUUACCUUACUCAAGGGAUAAACGUGGUAAAGAGCAGAAUGUCUCAGGAAUCUGUGACAAAUGACAAGCAACUGCCAACUCCUAAAGAUAAAGUUCGCGUGGUGUGUGGGAUCCUGAACGUUGGCAUUCGGAUAGGAAGCGAAGCGACACACCACCGAAAGACGAAAGAACUGGACGUGGCGAUCAAGUUACUGAAAGUCAUAAUAAACGUCGGAACGGAGAUCCAAGGGAACGAAUCCGUAAGGAACAAGACGGCAUAGUAUUGAGUCCUCAGCGUAGAAGUUUCAAUUCAGGUUGUUUUGUCAACGUGAAUCAACCUUCGAACCGACGUCCUGAGAGUCCAAUAGGGAAAGCAGAGGUCGUGGUUAGCCAUAGGGAACCUGUUCGCCGAAUUGGAAGUGGAAGAAUUUUAACUCGCGAUAUAUGGGACUUUCGACCUGAGAAUGAAAAACUGGAACCUGCUUUUCGAUCUGGAUCAAGUGGUGGUACUUCCGUGCGUGAUCGUGACAACAGGGAUACUCGCGAUGGAAAGGACCGAGAGAACACGAGAGAAAGAGAUCGUGAUCGCGAUCGCGAUAAUUUGCGUGACCGAGACGAAAGGAACGAACGGUUUGAGCGAAGAUCAUUUGGCCGUGAUUAUGGCGACAGAGAUAGGGACCGCGAUCGAGAGAGAGCAGCUGAACGGAAUGAUCGUAAUCAUCAAUCGGAACGUGAUAAGGAUCGUGGUCGCGAACGAAGAUUCAGCAAUGAUCGCAGGCGAACAUACAGCGAAAAUCGUAACGAUGCGGAUGAACCAGAAUGGUUUAGUUCUGGACCGACAUCGCAACAUGAUACCAUUGAGUUAAGAGGUUUCGAAGACAUCCCUGAGGAAAAAGCAGUAAACAAUAACAAUAGCAAUACUAAGAACAAAAAGCAAACUCCGGUUCAGAAGAAGCGCGGGAAAAAGAACUCGUCGGAGAAAGAUGAGAAGCAGACUGAAAAUUCAGCAGGUCCGAAAGGGCGAAGUACACCGACCACGAUGGAUCAACCUAUGAACGUUGUCGCUGCGCCGCAUUCGCCGAUUUCAGAACAGAACGAAUCGACGUCUCUCACACAAAAACCAAAUCAUGAUUCCAACGAAAGCACUGUAAUCGAACAAAGUUGCGAGACAACGGAUAAUUCUAGCACCGCUAAUCAGAAUCAAGAAAAUAGCCAUCCUGAUUUUAAUCUAGAUGAAUUCUUAAAGUCUGAUACAUUUCCUGGCGUACCUGGACUUUUAACUAAUGGAGUUGGUUCAAACGGAGGUUCUUGUUCCCGAUUUAGUCAAUGGUUUAAGAGGGAGAGUCCUGUUCAACAAGUGGAUAGUCGUCGUACUUCUAUACAGGAUGAUAUACUGAACAAUCUUCUUAAUGAUAUCACCGAACCAAAUAUUCAGAUUCCAUCAGUGACAGAAUCUAAUACAUACUUUGCUCCCAUUUCUCCUGCUAAUACGACAACAGCAAAUAAUAAUACAUCCACUACUGGGGUAAAACUGCUGGAAAUGCUACAACGUGGAAACAAACCAAAUCAAAAUGGACAAGGGGAUGUAGCUAGCACUGUAAUUCCAAUGAUGAAAAGCUCAUCUAUUAAAGAUAUGGAAGUUGGUGGAAAAGUUGUGCAUAGUCUCGAAGAAUUGGAAGCACGCAUGCGGGGUGGUGCUCCUCCACCCACAUCUUCGACUGAUCAACCUCGUGUAAAUAAGACUGAAGAAGAUCUCUCUGCGUUUAAAAAAUUGUUGCUUAACUCACAACUGAAAACACAACCAAUUGCUCCUCAGCAAUCGGUCCCAGAACCAAUGCAAACAUUUAAUCACGUUGGUUCUGUCGGACCAACUCAACAUCCGCAUCAGGCACAAAUGCAGCAUGAAAAUUUAAUGAAAGUAUUACAGAUUCAACAGCAGCAACAGAAACAACAACAACAGCAGCAGCAGCAACAACAACAACAACAACAACAUUCAGAUAUGUUGUCCAUGAUGAUGGGUGGUCAACGAAUGUUAGGCAUGAGUCCCGUUCCACCGGAAAUGCAGAUGAUGUUGAGCAAUGCUUCAACAAGUCAGGAACUGCUCCAAAGACCAGAAGCUCAAGCAAUUAUUCAAGGUCUUCAACAAGGAGAAAUAACUAGACAACAUCUCAUACAGCAGUUACAGAAUCCAGCAAUGCAGCAUCGUCAUAGAGAAGUUCUAGUAAAUAUUUUGAAAAUGUAUGGUGGUACUACACCACGUACUAUAAGUCCACAUCCUAAUGCACCAACCCCUCAAGAUCAUAUCUUGCAACAGAUGUUGUACCAACAACAGCAACAAAGGAUUCCAUCUCCUAUGAACAAUGUGAUGCAACAUAGAGUUCCUUCGCCGCGGGAGAUUGUUAUGCAUGCUCAAUCUAUAAUGCAAAGUGCUUUAAUUAAGAAAAAGUUGGAGGAACAACGUGAAAACUUCCGAAAACGACAGGAUCAACAACAGCAACAACAACAAGCUCAGCAAAGAGCGUCGAGUCCAGUUAAUUCGCCAGCAAAGCAAACCAUGAGUCCAACACCACUCGCUUUUACUCCAACGUCAGUGUUACGUAAAAUGACUGCUGAUAAGGAACCUGAGGGUGCGAAUCGCUCUAAUCAUCAAUUAGAAUCGAAUUACUUACUUCUCUCUACAGCUAAUGAAAAUCGUAAUAAUAUAUAUCGUAACACAUUUAAUUCCAAGAGAAAUACUUUCACGCAACAAUCUGCUUGUUAUAAUAAUGCAAUUGAGCUUAUUAAUUAUUCGAAGCAUGGUAGCAUAUCUGAAAAAGAUACCUGGUUAUCGUUGUCAGUUAAGUUGCCUAAAAAUGACAACAAUAACGGUGACAUAGAAGAAUCUGCAUUAAAAGAUAAUCAUAAUUCCUUCAUAGAGGCUUCUAUGUCUUAUGCACAACAAAAAAAAGAUAAUGCAAUUGAACUGACUAAUCAUAAAAAGCAUGGUGAUAUGUCCGGAACUGACGCUCAAUUAUCGUUGCCUGUUAAAUUGUCUCACAAUGACAACAAUAACGGUGAUGUAGAAGAAUCCGCAUUAAAAGACAAUCAUAAUUCCUUUGUAGAGACUUGUAUGUCUUAUAUGCAACAAAAAGAUUGGCAGACUGAUUUGAUUUUAAAGUUAAAGAGAACAGAGAAAAUAAUUAAGAAGAACAAGCUCAUCAGUGAAAAAUUAUCGAACGAAAAUAUCAACAAAGAAUUGAAUCUAAGUGAUGAUAAUAACAAUAGUCUUCUUGAUAAAUUAUCAACAGAACAAUUAGAAAUCGAAACGGUAAUAGUCGACAAUAAAAAAGCAUUAGAAAAAAUAGAAGAAAAUAAGAUAGCAGUUUUACAAAGUAAUAGUAGCGAUGCAUCGAAAUUGACGACUCAAUCACAGGCAUCGCAAAUGCAACAAAUGCAGUCUGCAGUUCAAAUAUUGACUCAAGGAGUUCUUUCUCGACAUAAUACCUUACGACCACAAUCUGUUCAAUCUACAUGGUCAAAUCCAACUAUGAAACAACACCCAGGUCGACCGAUAGUAAAAGGUGGUAGUGGCAAUGGAGGAAAUCAAUUCCAAUAUAGUGGAAAUUCAGAUUUCCAACAGCAACAACAGCAACAGCAUCGAACUGUUUCAAGCGUGUAUGGUAACCCUGCACGUUCUAAACAUACUGUGACUAGUUCCAUAUCACACCACAAUGUUCCCCAAUACAAUGUUGCUCAGAAUUCAAUGAUAAAUCAGAGGUCAAACAGUAUGAAUAAUCAAAUAAAGGUACAGCAAGCUCCUCCUUCACAUCUUGCUAAUAUGCAACAUCAACCACAGCAACAGCAACAGCAACAGCAACAGCGUAUUCUUAAUUCACAAAUGCAGAUGGUCUUAAAUCAAAAUUACAACUCCAGUCGUACAGAUGGGAGAGUAAUGCGGUCGCAGCAAUUGAACAUGCCUGUAGGUCGGCAAGCAUCACCAGGUUUAGGAUAUGUGGGUAGCAAUGGUGGAGAUCUGUCACCGACUUCAAAUCAGUUGGCACGAUGGUUUAGUCCAGAACUUCUUGCUCAAGCUCGGGCUGGUAAGCUACCAGAGCUUGUCCAGACAAAUGUUUUAUCGUUGGAAGAAUUAGAAAGACUUCAACAUGCAUCAACUACAGUGCAUAAUUAG